CGAGAAGGGUAGUUUUAGAAUGGGUUCCUAUAUAUAAAUAACAUUUUCACCACAAAAAUAAACAAUUUAAAUUAUUACGGUGAUCUAAAAGUUGUACAUAUUGUGUUCGUGCUAAAAGAGCUUCCAUCCAAAAUCACCAACAUCAUGAAACGAAUAAUAUACUUUUUCCUACUAGCCACAGUACUGGCGGAAUCAGCAGAAAAACAACCCCAAAAACGUUCCCUCGAAUACGGUCUCCAAGCUUACGCCAGCUUAUACAACAAAUUCGCCUCACUCAAAGGCAAAUACGCCCCAGCUUUCCACUACCGACCACCAGCUCAAGUCAAAACGAUCACCAUUCAAAAAGAAGUACCAGUUUUUGUACCACAACGAGUCGAAGUGCCAAUCGAGAAAAAAGUCCCAGUCUAUAUCAACAAAGAAGUCCCUAUUUACGUCCCACAACCAUACGAAGUACCCAUUGAGAAAAAAGUCCCAGUUUACAUCAACAAAGAAGUGCCUGUCUACGUUUCACAACCAAUCCAGGUACCUGUUGAGAAAAAAGUACCUAUCUACAUCCAAGUUCCAGUCGAGAAAAGAGUUCCUGUAAUAGUCAAACAGCCAUUCGCAGUACCAGUUGAAAAACCUUACCCAGUCCAUGUGCCAAAACCUUAUCCAGUAACUGUGGAAAGGCAAGUACCAGUACCAGUGGAAAAACGAGUACCAGUGCCUGUCGAUAGACCAGUAGCAGUUCCUGUAGAAAAGCCAGUACCUUACCCGGUACAUCGUUUGGUACCGUACCCUGUACAUCAUCAAGUUACCAAAUAUGUACAGAAAGCUGUUCCUGUACCGUACCCUAAGCCUGUUUUUAUCAAAAAACCAAUCCUGUUUAAACAUCAUUUUUAAAACUCAAGCUCGAGUUGGAGUUAACUCAGCUUAGCUCGUUUAGUGUAUUGCUGUAAAUAGUUAGGUAUCAAAUAAAUUUUUUUUUUAUUAUU